UCUCUCUUUUGCAUCAAUCCAUGCUCCUAUAUAUAUCUGAUUCCCUUUCUUCUUCCCUUUUAACAAUCACACAAAUAUUCCAAUUUUCCAUUGUAUGUGCCUCUUCUUGUAUAACUUGAACGUUUGUCAUGGAAAACAUGAUGAGGCUUAGGAAACACAACUCUCACACAGCUUCCCUAGGCAUGCACAAAGAUUCCCACAUGGUGUCCAAAACGAAACCGAAGAUCCGCAUAAUCCACAUAUUUGCACCAGAGAUCAUCAAGACCGAUGUGGAGAACUUCAGAGAACUGGUGCAGAAGCUAACUGGGAAACCAAGCGGAGAAAAAUGUUGCAAGAAGAAGAAGGCAAGGGCAAAAAGAGAGGAAGAAUAUUCAAGGAGCAGCAGCACUGUGUCAGAAUAUCACGAUACAGUGAUCACGAUGAAGAAUAAUAAUGGAGGGUGUUGGGGGUUGGAUGUGACAAGGGACAAAGUCAAAGAAGAGGUUGGGGUUUGUUCCAGUGAUGAAUGUUCUGCCGGCUACUUGGGAGGCUUCACUGAUUUGGAAGGCUUUAUUUCUGAGAUUGGUGCUUUUCCAUUUCUCCCUUUGGAUGCUAAUCACAUGAUGCAAGGGUUUGAAGCACCUCAACUUCUAUAGACAUAUAUAUAUAUAUAUAUUUUUAUUUCUUAGACAUAUAGAGAGAGAUCUUUUCUUCAAUUUCCUAGUUCAUAUAUAUCCUUUUUGUGUUUGAUUAUGAAUUGAUUUCCCUUGCUUAUGAUAUACAUAUAGAGAGAGAGAAACGACUGACUUAUCACUUUCGUCUGCAUCUUCUUCUGCAAAUUUUAGUUUCUGCCAUGCUUAAAUGUCCAUGUUGCACUUUGGAGAAACCAGAAAAGUCAGAGGCAUUUUCAAGCAGAAUAAAUAUCAUUAACUGAUGUGGCACAUUAAUUGAUUCACUAUUCUAGGGAAGAAGAAUAUUAAUGAGUAAAAAUGGUAUAUAUUGUUCAAUUAUUUGUGUUUUUUAAGGAUCGGAGACAAA